AACAUUAGAAGAAAUAUAUACCAACGGUUAUGCGACUAAAUUCAUUUAAUAUACUGUUACUUUUAGUGACAACAGUAAAUGCUUACGGCAUUGUAAGACGUCGACAGAACUCCGAAGAAAGAGAAUCUCAAGAGAAGAAUCCAACAGACACCGAAGGUGAAUUUUCAUACGUAGUCGAUUUACAAGAAUGGAGGAAAGGAGAAAACUUCGUAAUCCACAUCGCCAGAAUUUGCACAGGGAGCGCAAUCACGAAACAAUGGAUUCUAACAGCUGGUCAUUGCAUUUCUAAGAAACUAUCGCACGUCAAAUAUGGACAAAAAGGGAAUAAAAAUGUUUCUAAAGUAAUCUCAAAAAAACUACACCCUGGAUAUCGUAUGGACUAUUCUUUCGGAGGAUACUAUGCAAUUCUAAAUAACAACAUCGCACUAAUCAAAGUUGAAACAAUGAAUUUAAAAAAAUAUGCCAGAAUAUCGGCACGCGAUUAUAGCACUAUUAUAGGUGAAAUAGUCAAAUAUGCUGGAUAUGGAGGGCUUAAGCUGAAAAACGAAAACAAUUCAGACAAAGAAGAUGAACUCAAAGAUCAAUAUCAUGACCAGACUAAAAGGCAGGACGAGACGAGAGAAGAAAAAGAAUAUAGGACUCCAGACGAGUUACGUGUUGCGCAAGGUGGUAUUAUAAAAUGCGAACGAGAGAGAUAUGUAAUAUUUCAACCAGCAAUGUGUGUUGCGCCAAAAUGCGGGAGACGAAAACUUAGAACUUCACAGGCUGACUCUGGAGGGCCUCUAACUUUAGAUAAAAGAAUUAUCGGUGUGAAUAGCGGCUAUAGUCCAAUUAUGAGUGAUGUUUUCACGCCAGUAAGCCCGUUUUUUGACUGGAUAAGUAGUACCAUAAAUAAAAAGAAAAUAGACAUCAAGAAGAAUAGCUGAUUAUAAAUUUAUGAAUAAAAUGUAAGCACUCACUCUAAUUGUAAAUUCAUUAUUGUGGUAAUUCCGCAUGAUGUCCAAUUGUUAAUUCAGACAGCUUGUGUUAUCUGACAUUUUGUAUCUAUUACCGACAUAUUCAAUAUCUGUUAAAUUAUAUCGCUUUUAAGUGCAAAUCAUGUUAAGUGUAGAUGUAUAACUCCUUAUAAAGGUUUCUGUUCUACUCUUUAAUUUAUAAAAGCUAU